AUGAAAGUUCCUGGAAGCCUACUUUUGAACAGUGUCGCAGAGUCGAUUGCACUGCCCAUGUAUACAUGGUCUGCAAACGGUACCCACCAAGCAAAGGGCUAUACAACCAAGCAAGCCGAUGUUACCGACGUGCAAGGCCUGUAUGAGGACUGUGAAAACAUUAACCUGAACCGAAAACUGGCCACCAACUUCCGAAGUGACGUCCUCGGUCCUGGGGUUAUUGGUUUCUUCUACAAGUGUGAGAAGAUCAGCGAUGAUACCAACUUGUACUGGUUCACGAUUAGCUCUGGGGAGAAGACGCAGAUUGAUCAGCUCUGUGAUCCUAAUCAGACGUACCCUAUCGUCUAUGAUCAGCAGCACAAUACAUGGUUCAUCGAUGAGCCUUUUGAUUGUACCCAGCGUACUUCGCCUUCGAUUUCAGUCUGA